UUCAGGUUGCUACUCGGUGGUAUAUGUUUUUAAUCUGAAGGCUCGUUAAUUCGUAUUAUUAUCAUUAUUAUUUUUUUCUCAGAAAAUGUCAGACGCAGAGGAUGAUUUUAUGUGUGACGAUGAGGAAGACUAUGACUUGGAAUAUUCAGAAGAUAGUAAUUCAGAGCCUGAUGUGGACUUGGAGAACCAGUACUAUAAUUCUAAAGCGUUAAAAGAAGAAAAUCCUAAUUCUGCUAUAUCAAGUUUCCAGAAGGUUCUAGAUUUGGAAGGUGAUGACAAAGGAGAGUGGGGUUUCAAAGCAUUAAAGCAGAUGAUUAAAAUUAAUUUUAAAUUGGGUAACUUUGAAGAGAUGAUGUCCCGAUACAAGCAGCUCUUAACGUACAUCAAGAGUGCCGUAACAAGAAAUUAUUCAGAAAAAUCAAUAAACUCAAUUUUAGAUUACAUUUCAACUUCCAAACAGAAGAUUUGUGACAGCAACCAACUCACAACUGAGAUAGAACAUUUGCCCAUAGUCCUUCAAUCAAAUGGUUUUCCAGUUGGUUUCAUCCUAUCACACAAGAGAAAAAAUCACUUCAAAAUCCACAGAUUCAGCCCCACAGUUCUACCUUUUAUCCCAAAAAUGGAACUACUUCAGGAAUUCUAUGAAACAACUUUAGAAGCUUUGAAAGAUGCUAAAAAUGACAGGCUAUGGUUCAAGACAAACACAAAAUUAGGAAAAUUAUACUUUGACAGAUACGAGUAUAUAAAGUUGGCCAAAAUACUGAAACAGUUGCAUCAGUCUUGUCAGGCAGAUGAUGGAACUGAAGAUUUGAAGAAGGGCACUCAGCUUCUAGAGAUAUAUGCUUUAGAAAUACAAAUGUACACAUCUCAGAAAAACAACAAGAAGCUUAAGAAACUUUAUGAACAGUCCCUCCACAUCAAGUCAGCCAUUCCUCAUCCUGUUAUUAUGGGAGUGAUAAGAGUUUGCUGUUAUCCAGGAUUUACUGAUGAGAGGUGGAAUUCAUCAAAACCAAUUUAUCUCUGUAAUGCAUGGAGAACAACCUGUCUGAAGUAUCUAGUUCUAGCAAACAUGCUGAUGAAAUCUGGAAUUAACCCAUUUGACUCUCAGGAAGCUAAGCCAUAUAAAAAUGAUCCAGAAAUUUUGGCAAUGACAAACUUAGUGAGUGCCUACCAAAAUAGUGAUAUCAGUGAAUUUGAGAAAAUCCUUAAAACAAACAGGAAAAAUAUAAUGGAUGACCCUUUUAUAAUAGAACAUAUAGAAGAUUUGCUCAGAAAUAUUCGAACUCAGGUCUUAAUCAAGUUAAUCAAGCCAUAUACCAGGAUACACGUACCUUUUAUUUCUAAGGAAUUGAAUAUUGAUGCAACAGAUGUAGAAAAUCUAUUAGUUUCUUGUAUACUAGACAACACAAUUCAAGGUCGAAUUGAUCAAGUCAACCAAGUCUUAGAGUUGGACAAAAAGCCACAAGGUGCAGCAAGGUAUAAUGCCUUAGAUAAAUGGGCUGUCCAAUUGUCAACAUUACAUCAGACUAUAAUUAACAAAAUGGCAUAACUCGUAAACCCUUGUCACUCAAGCUUAAAGUUGUGUCAAUCAACAAAAUGGCUCAACUCAACAACACCAUUUUUUGGAUGUGAACUGUUUGGAUGGCUAUCAUGGCUAGAACUGUAGCUCCAGCAUGCUAGAAAGUCAAAUGGACAAUCUUUUGUCAGCAUCAUUAUAAAGUAAUAGGCUCUACAUUGUGCUGUGAUCAUCUAAUAAAGGUGCAGUUGGUGUUUGUAAUAGUUAUACAUUUUUUAUCCAUGACAGUUGAUCACUUACACCCAUACCUUUGCAUUUCUGCUUUUUUAUUUUUUGUGUACUUUUGAAUUUCACUGCAUUUCAACAGAUCAUAAAAAAGGUUUGUAAAAGCUUCAAGCUAAGUGUGUUAACAUAAGCUUCAAUUUUUCUAUUUCUUUUACAGUAGUAAUGGCUGUAAGAAAUAUUUGUCUCCUGUGUGGUUUUUGUGAUCUAAAAUACUUGUUGCAGUUAUGAAGUGGAAGACAAAUUACCCAUCUAUUAACUUUCAUUACUAAAAAAAAUAAUACAAAACCAUCUGCUAGUGACUCUACAGAAACAUGUUACAGUUUUCUUUUAGUAGAGUAUUAAUAUGUAUCUCCUACUAAGAUUAUAUUUCUAAUCUCAAAAGUGUCAUAAACUUGUAGUCUUAGGAUGUUUCUGUUAUGCUUCAGCAAUUUAGGUAUAAUGCAUAUUGUAGUGGAAUUUGCUUUUUUAUAGACAGGUUAAUUUUGUGAAUGUUUGACAUCCAUCUUCUCUUAAUUCAUUUGAAACAGAAUAAAAUAGUUUAUUUAAAAAAAACAUAAAAGGCCUUAAAAGUGGGUUAGAUAAAGUUAAUUUGUUUAAAUUUAAUGAAUUGCCUUUUUGCUGUCUUGAAAACUAACAAAAAUUAUGUUUGGAUUAGUGAUGUAAGGGUCUUUUGAUGUGUACAUUGCGGUUACUUUAGAUUAGCUCGGAAGCAAUUUUGUUUUAUUUCUUAAAUUGGAGAAAAUAUGUAUUUAUAUAUUCUAAGAACCUGAUUUUCUUCACAAAUUUUAUUAUUUGUGCUAAAGAAAAGGAAUUGAAAAAUACUUUGAAACUAAACAGGACUUGAACUAAAAGAUUUUAAUUUGUUAUGUAUCAGCUGUUUUUCAUUGGCUGGAUGGUGGUGUUGGCACAAUUGUUAUUGUUAACAAGAGUAUCUUGCUACUGUUUCAAAUUAUACCUCAUAACAAAAGAUUGUUAGUGUCUUAUCUCUUAAAGUAAGUUUAGAACCAAUCAGAAUGUUGAUUUCUAAAAGUUGAGCUGUAUAUAUCUUGUCAAAUCAUCAGGUCAAGCUUUUUUACAGUCUCUAAAACUUGUUUUAUCAAGUUUUGUUCAAUAAAUGGUGCAAGCUUUUGGCUAUAAUUCCACUGCAUGUUAUAAAAAAGAGAUGAAUUUAUUACUUACUAAAAAAUAAAAUAUUUUUGUCAUGACACUUUGUGUUUCUAAACUUCCACUAGAAUUCAUUGUUAUGUAUACUCAGCAACUUAAAGGAUUGUGAAUAAUUUAUUUAAUUACCAUGCUCAGUCUUUUGCAAGUAGUAUCAUUAGCUUUAGCUGUGAUCAUUAUAUCCUGGUAUUCCAUAGUUUUAAAUUACUGUACCCAUUGCCAUUUGUUAUUAUAUAGUUCUAAUUUACUUGGCAUUACCUUCUGUUAUUGUACAAUUCCAAUUUACUAUAAUGGUUACACUCUGAUACUGUUUAGUUUGAGUUUAUUAUGCCCUUUGCCCUCUGAUAUCACUUAGUUUCACCCUACUGCAUUGGUCUCUGGUACAGUAUAUCUAGUUUACUGUGCUCAUCACUUUCUUUUACUGUAUAGUUCUAGUUUACUGUGCUCAUCACUUUAUUCUACAGUAUAGUUCUACUUUACUGUGCUCAUCACUUUCUAUUACUGUAUAGUUCUCCUUUACUGUGCUCUUCACUUUCUUUUACUGUAUAGUUCUAGUUUACUGUGCCCAUCACUUUCUUCUACAGUAUAGUUCUACUUUACUGUGCUCAUCACUUUCUUCUACUGUAUAGUUUUACUUUACUGUGCUCAUCACUUUCUUCUACUGUAUAGUUCUAGUUUACUGUGCUCAUCACUUUCUAUUACUGUAUAGUUCUAGUUUACUGUGCUCAUCACUUUCUUCUACUGUAUACUUCUAGUUUACUGUGCACAUCACUUUCUUCUACUGUAUAGUUCUACUUUACUGUGCUCAUCACUUUCUUCUGCUGUAUACUUGUAGUUUACUGUGCACAUCACUUUCUUCUACAGUAUAGUUCUAGUUUACUGUGCUCAUCACUUUCUUCUACUGUAUACUUCUAGUUUACUGUGCUCAUCACUUUCUUCUACUGUAUAGUUCUACUUUACUGUGCUCAUCACUUUCUUCUACAGUAUAGUUCUACUUUACUGUGCCCAUCACUUUUUUCUACAGUAUAGUUCUAGUUUACUGUGCCCAUCACUCUCUUCUACUGUAUACUUCUAGUUUACUGUGCACAUCACUUUCUUCUACUGUAUAGUUCUACUUUACUGUGCUCAUCACUUUCUUCUACAGUAUAGUUCUACUUUACUGUGCUCAUCACUUUCUUCUACAGUAUAGUUCUAGUUUACUGUGCUCAUCACUUUCUUCUACUGUAUACUUCUAGUUUACUGUGCUCAUCACUUUCUUCUACUGUAUACUUCUAGUUUACUGUGCUCAUCACUUUCUUCUACUGUAUACUUCUAGUUUACUGUGCACAUCACUUUCUUCUACUGUAUAGUUCUACUUUACUGUGCUCAUCACUUUCGUUUACUGUAUAGUUCUAGUUUACUGUGCCCAUCACUUUUUUCUACAGUAUAGUUCUAGUUUACUGUGCCCGUAACUUUCUUCUACUGUAUAGCUCUAGUUUGCUGUUCACUUUGCCCAAUGGAAUUGUAUAGUUUUAGUUUACCCUGUAUAGCUUCAGUUAUUAUGCUCAUUACCCUUUUGUACCACUGAGUUUCACUUUACUGUGCUUUAUGCCCUCUCAUUGUGUAUGGUUAUAAUUUACUGUAAUCGUCACUUUUUGUUACAUGUUUCCAGGUAACAUAUUUGUUGCCUUUGGGCACUGUCCAGUAUGUAUUUGCUGUACUAUUUACACUAUGGUAUUGCAUAAUUCCAGUUUACUAUGCUCAUUGCCCACUGGUACUUUAUUUUGUUCCAACUAACUGCAGCCAUUGCUUUGUGGUACAGUAUAAUUUUCCAUUUGCCUUUUUUAUUGCAAGUUAGCAUUUACAUAGUUCCAGUUUACUGUGCUCUUUACCCUCUAAUAAAUACUGUGUAGUUCUAAUUAAUUAAUAUAUAUAUAUAUGUAUGUAUGUGCAUUGUCCUUUUGAAUAAUACAUCUGUGAGUUAAGUAAUAUGACAUGAUGUAAGACUACAUCAACACAAAAUAUUGUGAUUUUAAAAAUGGCAUAUAAUUAAAUUUUUAAAAUGUAAAACUGGCCUUGCAAAAAGUUCUAAAACUUUAUCAGAUGUUAUAACGCAGGAUAAUCAUUUUUAAUAUUUGUUUUUGGAGCUGCUGUCACAAAAUAAUAUUAAAAGAUUUCAAAAUAUCUGUCAUUUCAGUAUCUUUGUAGAAUUUUUAAAUAUUUUGUAUAUCAGUAAUAAUUGUAAAGACUCUGGCAUUUUUUGAAUUAAGUCAAUAGCAAAUGUAGGUAUAAUGUGAUUGUAAUAGUUUUAAAAGUCUGAAAACAUUUACUGGUAUGUAUAAUAGCUUUUAAUUAUUUACAAUAAAAUUAUGUGAGGCAUGAA